AUGGACGCCAAUCCGAACCCAGAGGUCGCCCCUUCGACGUCAUUGGAGCCAGAACACGAAAUAAAUGAUGGCGCUAGUCAACCAUAUGUAAACAAUAACGAUAUUCCAGAACCUACAGAGACCACAGAAACCACAGGGUCGACCAUUGUGGAUGGCACACACGAUACUGGUUACAACCAUGAGGAACAGGCCCACCAAAACACGUACCCGGCUGAAUUUACAUCAUCACAACAAGCCUAUUUUCCUGCCGAAGAUGAGCAAAACUCAUCUCGAUUCAGCUCGCCGACCAUGUCCUAUCAGCAGAAUCCCCAGCAAUCGGUUUCACGGCCUGGGUCUGGUUUGUCAAGCGGGGGAGAACGAUAUGGCUAUCCCAGCUCACAGCCUGAACAAAGCCAGAAGCAAGUCGCGGUGCCUUCGAAAAACAGUGUUGUUAUCAAGGUUGGAAUGGUUGGAGAUGCUCAAAUAGGUAAAACAAGUUUGAUGGUCAAAUACGUCGAAGGUAGCUGGGACGAGGACUACAUCCAGACAUUAGGCGUCAACUUCAUGGAGAAGACCAUCUCGAUUCGGAAUACAGAAAUCACAUUCUCGAUCUGGGAUCUGGGCGGACAACGCGAGUUUGUUAAUAUGCUUCCUCUGGUUUGCAACGACGCAGUUGCCAUUCUGUUCAUGUUCGACCUCACACGCAAGAGCACACUCAACUCGAUCAAGGAAUGGUACCGUCAAGGUCGUGGCUUCAAUAAGACCGCCAUUCCUUUUCUCAUCGGCACGAAGUAUGAUCAUUUUGUGAACUUUCCACGCGAGGACCAAGAGGAAAUUUCUUUACAGGCCAAGCGAUAUGCCAAAGCCAUGAGGGCAAGCUUGAUAUUCAGCAGCACCAGCCAUAGUAUCAAUGUCCAAAAGAUCUUCAAAAUCGUACUCAGCAAAGCCUUUGAUCUCAAAUGCACCAUUCCUGAGAUUGAAAAUAUCGGCGAACCCCUUCUACUGUACAAAUCUGUAUAG